AUGAAGCAUCUCAGGAUCAACCCGACCCAUUCCGGGUUUCCGACCGGUACACCCAACAUUCUCUCCCCUAGCAUCCUUGAUUUUCCCUCUCUCGUCCUCAGCCCUGUCAAUCCUCUCAUACCCGACCCGGUUUAUCGAUCCGGGUCUUCCAAUCAAACCCCGACUCCGAGGGAUAAGGAGCCUCAACUUCUCUCUCUAUUUCCUCUCACUCCUCAUGAGCCCUAA